AUGAUCGGCCAAGUUCGAGUUCCAUAUGCCGAUGGCAUGACAGAGGGCCAAGGUUACAACUCCUACCUACAGCAAACUUGCGUGCACGAUGCCGUGACCGUUGAGGCGACAAAUAACCCAGACACCCCCAUGAAUCUCGUCUAUGAAUCGAGCGAGAUCAAGGACUACAACGAACUUUUGCAGACACUCGAUAUCAGUGCUGGUGCGGGAGUUUCUGGGUGGGGAACAGAAUCUAAAAUUGACUCCAAGUUUCUCGACAAGACAGAGAUAAAGAAAAGUCUGCUCACCUAUAUAGUCAAGGUGGAUGCUCAGCGUCAGCCGAGCGCAACAUCCAAGUAUGAAUUCAACUGGAAAGAGACCUCCGAUCCUCGAGGCAAAUACGGCGACCGAUUCAUCUCCGAUUUUGUCAAGGGCGGGGCCCUCUUUGCUCGCGUUUCUAUCAUCACCAAUGAGAAGUCAACAUCACAUGAGCUUCAGGUCGCGGCCAAGACUGCUUUCCCGGUUUACAGUGCCAAUGCGGAAAUUACUUCUGAAGUAAAGCAAAGCAUGGAGAAAAUCCAGAAAAGCUCCGAGGUCAAAAUUUAUCUUCACUACGUUGGAACUCCGACCGAGAUGCAGGCGAGCGAGGGGGCGGACAAUAACAUGCUGCGCCUCAAGCAGGUUGCCGACGCUUUUUACAAUAGUGCUCCGAAGCAUACUUACAAGCGAUUUGCGCUGUUGGAAAGAUAUACCAACAUUCCCAACUUCAACAACGAAUUUCAGCCACUUGACUAUGCCGAAGCCAAAGAUCGAAGCUGGGCCGUGUUUAGCGACUUUACCGAGUGCUUGGUCAUUCAGAAAAUGCUUCGGGCGAUUGACUCGAACCAUUAUACAAGUGGUAGAACGGGUCGUGAUCAACUCGACACCAAGCUCAGCACACAACUGCAGGUCUAUCGAAGCUGGGUCGAGAAGGUUAGCAAAACGCCGAAGGAGGCUACGUCGCCGCCUGACAACGACCCGAAAGCUCUUCAGACCGAAGUACUACGUGCUGUCAAGAAGACAAAAUUCAUCGCUCAGUCCAUUCGUUUCACCAAUGGGAGAACCCACUUUAUUGAUGAUCACAUACAACCCACGGCUACCGAGCUUUUCAGUUUUGAAGCCUAUGACUUUGACCAGGUUAUGUUCACCACAAAGGUCAUCUUUGGUAAAGCAAACAAGCCAGCUAUGGGGAUUUGA